AUGAGCGCGGUGACUAUGGCGGCCGCUGAGGCGGCGGAGGAGGAGGAGGAGAAGGAGGCCGCCGCCGCCUUGGUGGCCCCGAAGAUGGAGCCUUCGGUGAACUCUGAGGACCCGCAGGAGAGAAUUUUGGCCAGGAGACUCCGCCUCGCCGCCCGCAACGAGGCCCGCAGGCGGGAAGAACUUGGAGAACGUGCAGACAGAAAGAAAGAGAAUGAGGAAGGCCAAAGCAGGAGCUACAAACAGAAGGAGGAGAGCAGACUGAGGCUGGCUAACCUGCUGCUCUGUGGCACUGAGUUAGUGACAAACAUCCAGGUGGCUACAGACAUCCGAGAGACCCACAGGAGAGUAGAGGAAGAGGAGGUAAAGCGGCAGAGGAUUGAGAAGCUGGAGAACGAAGCCAAAACCAGUCAUUACAAGUUUGAGGAAAUCACCUCCAAGUGGGGGGAAGGCAAGAAGAAAAAAAUACCCCAAGAGUUGUGGGAAGUGCUCGUCACCCAACAGCAGCAUUGUGCCCAGCUGAUUGAAGAGAAGAACAAGCUCAUCAGUGAACUGCAGCAGGAGCUCAAAGGAAAAGAUGACCAAUAUGUGAAGGACCUGAAAAAGCAGGGUGAUGACAUCAACUUGCUAUUGGAGAGGAUGGAAGAACAGAUCAAGACCUUAAUCAAGACCUUCCGUCAGGAACUCCUGCAGAUUGAGAAAGCAUUUGAGUUGGAACGACAAGAGCUCCUGACCUGUAACAAGAAGAAGUGGGAGCAGGCGAUGCAGGUUCACAAUGCUAAAGAGUUGGAGUACCUGGUGACCCGCAUGAGGAAAGUGGAGGAGCAUGAAAAGCAGCUAGCCCAGCUGCGGAGGCAGGACACCGAAGAGUACAACAUCGUCAAGAUCAAGUUGGAGCUCGAUGUGCAGAUACUUGAACAGCAACUUCAGAAGAUGAAAGCAACAUACCAGCUAAACCAAGAGAAGCUGGAGUACAACUUCCAGGUGCUGAAGAAAAGAGACGAGGAGAACACCAUCAUUAAAUCUCAGCAAAAGAGAAAGAUCAAUAGGCUGCAUGAUGUUGUUAACAACCUGAGGACAAAACUCGCCAAGCAGAUAAAGCAGUAUCGAGAGGAAAACCAGGCGCUAGCCGCAGACUACAAGCGCAUUGUGGUGCAGUUCAAGGAUCUGCAGAAAACCAUGAGGCAUUUUGCUGUUGUUGAUGAAGGGAAAUUUCAUGAGAUUUGGCUGAUGAAUGAAGAGGAGGCAAAGGAGCUGAUGGGCAAAGCUCUUGAUGCAGACAAGAUAAUCUUCCAACAGCAGCUGGGGCUUCCUUGGGCCAUGCCUGAUUUCUGGUUCAUGAAGAAUGUGGGGCCUCUUUCUCAGCACAAAAAGAAGAAAUCUGCCACCCAGGUGGUAGAAGAGGUGCUGUUACUGGCAGAUGAGGAAGGAGAAGACCAAAAAAAUAGCGAGUGGCUCGAGCUUCCAAAACACCUGUCAGCCAAGACCAUCAAACAAAUCCUAGAGCUCGUGUGUGAUGAGUCGGGUUUCCUAAUUGAAAGCAAACUUCUGGGCCUCCUCCUACCUCUAGAGAGAAAUGAAAGCUGCCUACUGAAACUGGAUGCCAUCUUUGCAGCACUUGGGAUUGAGAACGAAGACGAUGUAUAUAACUUGGUGAACUUCUUCCUCAAAUACCGAGCUCCCACCCAGGAAAGAGAGGGAGAGGGCCAGGUCUGUGAGGCUCUGGAGACUGCAGAGGUGAAGAGAGAAUCUGACGAUUCUGUGCCUCCGAGGCAGGACGACAGAGAGGCCCUGCCAUCCUCUGAGCUCAUCCACCCUAAUGAUGUUCUCAAGGCCCUUGAGGCCUUUGUCAUAAGCCUGCAGAAACCCAGGGAGAAAUGGACACCGGUGAAGGUCGAGUCAAAGGAGCGGGAUGAAGUGAAGGACACGGAGUACUGGGAAGCCCUGCCCACGGUCAUCCCCGCUGCAAAACAGAAGCUGUGGGAUGGGCUGGUUGCUGCCCUGGAGAAGUACCACUACGUCCUGAACCAGCGGGCCAAGCUGCUUGUGGAGACGGACAGCCUCGAACAGCAAAAUACGGAGUUGCAGAUGCUGCUGCAGCAGUACAUUCAUUCCAAGGUUAAUUUGGAAUUGCAAAUCCCUCCCACUCAGGUGCUUCCGCUGCAGAUGAAGUAGAGCUAGGAUUGGAGCCAGAGGUGGACACCUGGCGAGGGACUCUGGGGUUGUUUGGGAAAAUUGGGCAGUGGUUUUUUUCCUUCCACUUGUUUCUAUCGGAGUGAGAUAGUGAGAGGUGAGUUGGCAUGGUGCAGUAAAUCUGAAUAUCUUUAAAGCA